AUGGCUGACUCUCACAUGAGCCAUGACGAGUUCUUCGCCAAGUUGGGUGAGCUCUUCAACCACCGCAAGGGCAGUGAUCAUGGCGCUAUCUACUUGAGUCAAAAGCGACUUACGUACGGCCAAGACAUCCCCAGUUCCUCUGAAGAGGAGCCCUCACCAGAUAUUCAUCCUGGCAAGCCUUUACCCCUCAUCAUCCGGGCAACAGACGGCAAGGGCAAAAAAGAGCGUUCCAGUAAGACCAAGUUAUCCACAGUUGUCAACCCGGGUGAUUUGGAAGCCUUUUACGUGCGGUACGCCGAUGUGUGCAAGGCUGGUAUGACAGCGUUGAAGCCCAGGGACAGGAGCAAGAAGAAGGCAAAAGCCAAGAAGAAGAAGGCUACCGCAUAA